UUAUUUUAAACAACAAAAGACUCUGAAGACGAUGACGCCUCCGAUAAUCGUAUUUUGUUUGUCAUCUUUGUUCGUCGAAAUAAUUGCUCAGACACCUGAACUGAGAAGUGUUCAUCAGGAGAGUGGUUUUAUAUCAGCUUAUGUUGGUGAUGAGGUUACUUUGCGAUGUUUCUAUGAAGAUGAUGCUACAAGGCUUUACUGGUUUAAACAAUUUCUGGGACAGAAACCAAAGCUCAUCUCUAGUUUUUAUAAGUACGAAAUAACUGGAACUUUUCAUGAUGAAUUCAAGAAUAAUCCACGCUUCACACUGGAUACUAAAAUGGAUAAAAAUCACUUAAAGAUCUCAGAUUUACACGUAUCAGACUCAGCUACUUACUACUGUGCAAGUGUCCAUGCAUUUAUGUUUGAGUUUGCGGAGGGCACUACUGUCAAUGUAAAGGGUUCAGGUUUGACCGUCCCAGCUUCGGUCCAUCAGUCAGCAUCUGAGACCAUCCAGCCAGGAGGCUCUGUGACUCUGAACUGUACAGUACACACUGGGACCUGUGAUGGAGAACACAGUGUUUACUGGUUCAAAAACUAUGAAGAAUCUCAUCCAGGACUCAUUUACACCCAUGGAGGCAGGAACGAUCAGUGUGAGAGGAAUUCCAGCACACAAACACACACCUGUGUCUACAAUUUGCCAUUGAAGAGUCUGAAUCUUUCUCAUGCUGGGACCUACUACUGUGCUGUUGCCUCAUGUGGACACAUACUGUUUGGAAAUGGGACCAAGCUGGACAUUGAAGAGGUGGACCCUCUUGUCUUGGUGUAUUUCUGGAAUGGAGCUUUAUUCACCAUCCUGAGUGUUUUCUUGGCUUUCUUAGUUUGCAUGAUGAACAAGAGAAACAGCCGCCUUUGUACAGAGUCUCAACCAAGACUUUCAGAUUCCUCCAAAACAAAUAAAAAGGGUAACCAAAAUGGAGACAGCCUCCAUUUCGUUGCUCUAACGGAGAUAAAGAUCAGCAGAUCAAGAAAGGCGAGAGACGACACCUGGAGUGAAUGUGUGUACUUCAGUGUAAAGCAGUAGAGCAGGAC